UUGACAUUUGUGAUCAGCUGAUCUCUCAUGUAAACAAAAAUCCAUUUUCUGUUCGAAUCUUGAUAAAAAUUGUUUAAAUAAUGAUCGAGGAUAGCCUCGAAGAGGAAUUGCUGCACGAAUUCAAAGGUGGAACGUUAACAAUAAAUCCCGAAAACAAAUUAAACAAUGAUAAGCAGAUAAAACCGGAAUCUCCUGAUAAACCCGAUAAAGACUCACCCCCGCCAAACAAAAGUGAUAAUUAUUGGAGCUCGAAUUUCAUAUCACCCCUCACAUCAAUACCAAAUAAAAUCACUGCAAGUAUUUGGUGUAAGAAUCCCAAAGCACCCACACCAACCAAAGAAAAUACCAUCCAACAAGCAAUCUCCAUCACCGAAAAUCCCAACAAUUACUUUACUUUUCGCGAAAGUGUGCUAGCGAGGGCUUUGGGCGAGUGUAAGGAACAGUUCCUUGAUGAAGAAGCAGAUGGGCCUUUGGUCGAAGCUUUCCUACUCACACAGAUUAGUCACUGGAAUUCAGAUAAAGAAAGACUUGUUCUACUGACACCUAAGACUCUCGUUGUUUGUAAAUAUGACUUUAUUGCUUUGAAAAGACUGGGGUACAAAAAACUACCAUUAGAGUUAAUUGAUGAAGUCAUUUAUGGCGAGUUGACCUAUCCAAGUGCGUCACUAAUACCCCAAAUGAAUGGAUUUGUUGAUGGAUUAUCCAAUGUUUUGGAGACUUGCCUAUUUGCCAAAUGGUCAAAAGGCAACAGCAAGCCGAUGAGUAACUUUUAUCAACCUAGAAACCGCCACAUGAAGGGUGUCCGUUUGCUUUGGAACAAAAACAAGCCUGAAAACCUAGGCGUCUACUGGAACCCGUUUAACGAAGAUGUCCCCUUCUGCACUUUCACCUUUCACCCUCUAUUUUUCCACAAAGACUGCGUCGAUGAAAAACUAAAAAAUCUCUACUCGUUAGACUCCUUUAUCGAAAAGAUCUCAAAAGCUAUUGCCGACUUACCGAGAAAUAAUGAACCGAAUCAGGAGCCUUGCAUUAUACAAGAACGGGAUAUAAUUUUGAAUAGUUAUGUGGGAAUUGGAUCUGUUAUACACAAUCGGAAUUCAUUGGGGUUUUUUAAAGUUAGAGGCAAAUUCAGUUUUUAAUGUGAUAUCGGAUAUUUUAUCUCUUACGCGCACAAUUUUACGAUCUGAUUAUUCUCGCAAUAUUAAAUGCACCAACUGUUGUUUACACGUCUGUAUAUACUAUUUGAAAAGUAUUGUUAUUAUUGGCCUAUUUAUCGUCUAAAUAAACUAUGGAAAAAAUAGGUUUUAUUCUACUUAAAU